GAGUAGUCCUUUACACGCCGAAUCCCUUACAGAAGGACGAACGCCAUAGGGUGACACCGAGGCUUGCGCUUUAACUCCUGCCGUCAAGCAUGCCGCUACGCGCCGGCCGAAACGUGGCUAGAAACGUGGCGAUCGCUUCCGCGUGCGUUUCUCCACGCGUGUGAGAAACGGGGAAUUUUCCGCGGCGCGAAUAUACAUCCUGCGCGAUAUAUAUGUAUAAUAUAUAAUGCGACUCUGUGGUGCAAAUCGUUUAGUCGCUACGUGAGCAAGGGCAGGGUCGUAAGCGAGUGACGCCAGUACUGUUCGCGACGUCGAGGACAGGAUUUCUCGUCUGCGUGCUCGUGAUGUUUGACUUUCGGUGAGUCACGAUCCGACCGGUUGAAUCCUUCGUCGAAGAGGUAAAGACGUUAUAGGACAUCACCGGACGUCGCGUGACAACGAGACGCGUGAGAGAGCAUCGGAUUACCUUCGAGUGUGAAGGAUUGUCUAGCAGGUGCCGGCGCCACGCGACCCGUGUCAGUAACCCCCGAAUAAAACGAAAGAUUAAGGGGUGGGAAAAAGCAGGAGAAACGUGCUGGCGAAACAUAUACGCGCACAAUAGAUAAAAGGAGAUAAAAAGAAAGGAGGAAAAAGAAAAAGAGCAAAGUAGUUUUGAAUAAAGAUCAUCGAAUCUUAUUUAAUUAAUUAAAAAUCCAGAGAAUAUAUUCUUAAGUGUGCUUCAAAGAAAUUAAAGCGAACUGUGAUUAAAAGGAGGGCUGUCUCUCUAUUUCAUUACUAAAAAGAUAAAGGCCAUAAUUUAAAAGUAUAUUUAAAGUGUAUAAUACGACUUUUAAUCAAAUUAUUGGGCGCUAAUAGACUAAACGGGCGAGAAAGAGGAAGGACUGAAGAGUGGAAGAGACAAGAAAAGAAGAAUGACGAGGAGAUAAAAAAAGUCAAAGGGGCGCGAAGAAAAUUUAUAUCUUUACUCAGCAUCUUGAAAAAGAAGAACGCAAGGAACUGCAAUAAUACGGACUCUUCUCAACAACGUGAUUUAGUCAGAUAUAAGAAAAGCUUAGAAAAGAACAGACAAGAGGAGAGACAUGGGGUGCAACACUAGCAAGGAGAGCGUUCAGCCGGCGGUGGAAGAAGGAAAAGAAGACGACUCGGUCAAGAACGGGGAUAUUUCAAAGGCGGCGGAAGAGACUGCAACGAAAACCGAGUCCUCGGACAAGGAGAAAGAAAACGACACAGAGAAAGAAAAAGAGAAGGAGGAGGCAGCAGCCACGAAAAUACAAGCAGCUUUCCGUGGACAUCACACUAGGAAAAGUUUAAGAGUAUCGGAAACAGCGUCGGAGCGGACGAGGACCGACGAAGCACCCUCGGAACCUGAAAAGGAACCUGAAAAGGAACCUACGAAGGAACAACUGGAGGAGGAAUUCUCUGCCGACGACAAGGAGCUCUGUCACGCGGCGAAGAAGAUACAAGCGACUUUCCGGGGCCACAUGUCGAGAAAGGAGCAGGCUACAGCUGCCGCCAAAUCGGCGAUAAACAUGGUCGAGAGUGCGACUGCCAAGAUAGAAGAAAAGAUGCAUGACGCUGUACAGGAAUUAGAGGGGAUUGACUUGGCCGAUCCGGACUUGCACAAGGCAGCGACUAAGAUCCAAGCGAGUUUCCGCGGUCACAAGGUCCGUCAGGAGGUCAACAUUCAUACUACUGCCGACGAAACUCAAAAAUAAGACGCUUAACUCGAACGCAGAGGGAUGCCGGGAGAUAGAUUACUACUUAUUACAGCCAGUGCCAUUCUUAAUAGAUUGAACGCCAUCCCCUAUUUCUUAUACUUAUACCUCAUAAUGUAGCAUUCGUGAAUUAUAGUAAGUUAUGCGCGUAAAUAUACGAGGCAUUCCAGAAAGGAUGAACAACGGAUAGCCGGAACAAUUUUGAUUAUAUUAGUUCACUUCGGACCACAAAUUGUAAACAACGAUACCGUUUAUCUUACGUUAACGAUUAAUCCAGCCUUCUCGCCCGGGACCAGUGUGACCAGUUAAUAAGCGCUUUCUACUUUGACUAGAAUGAGGAUUUUUCAAAUGAGAUAUAUAAACAGGUUGAAACACUCGAAUGGGGGAACAUCUAGAUAUCUCUAUCGUUUGUGGAUAUAUAAAAAAAAAAAGUUGAUCUGGAAAAAAGUUGCAUUGUGUAAAGAGAGAGUAUAAUGGUAAAUAAAAAAAAAAGUUGUUCCUUGAGCCGAUUACUGUAAAUCGAUUUUCAGUGCGUUCCACACGAUUCACUUUAUAUGAUUAUUCUUGAACUAUUCUUAUACUAUCGAUUUAUACUUACAUUUUUUAUGAGUUAUGUCUGUCGCAUAUGAACAAAGUACCAGGCAGACAUUUUAAAACACUUUUCUAAGUAUGGUAAUAUAAUAUAUAUUGGAUAAAACAUUAUGAUUGAGGAAAAGAGUAAAAAGGAUGUAUAAAGAAAGAAGGAAGGACAGAUAGUUCCUUAUAUGAUUAGACGAUAUACAAUAUUCGAUGUAAACUGUAAUUUACAACAACACAGCGACGUAAAAUUCUCAUAUCUGGUAGGUAUAUUAAAUGGAACUCGAUAAAAGAAGCGAUAGAGUAUAACUUUGACAUCCUGCGCACGGGAUAAACGGGGCAUACAUUAAGAUGCACCAAUACCAAUAUGCAUGAUAACUUUUAUAAGUUCCUGUAUUUAUGUAAAAUAAACGGUAUGGUUGUAGUGUUUCCAAUUUUAAAGUUAUUAACUAUGAAAGUGGUUUUCGAAUACUCCUUAUUACGACACGAAUGUUUGAAGCACGAUUUUGCUUUUUUUUUCUAACAUUCCUAAUUUAUUGAAUAGCGUUAAAACGGAAUGUGAUAACUAAAGUAUAUUUCUUGAAUGCACUUUUUACAUUUUCCUACAAUUUCUCCUUUGUUUUCUCUCUCUCUCUCUCUCUCUCUCUCUCUCUCCCCCUUCAAAAAUCGAAUGUGUGUAUUUGACUUAUUUUAAAUGUGGAAAGUGUAAAAACGUGUAUACUUCUCCCUUGAGAAUUUGGAAAGAAAGCAUAUUGCUUUAAAAAUGAGCUGGAAUCUUGAUUGUCAUAAUAUUACUAUUCAACUUGAUUUUAAAAGAAGUAUAAAUUUAGAAAAAAAUCUUUUCCAUAUAUAUAUAUAUAUAUAUAUAUAUAUAUAUAUAUAUAUAUAUAAAAAGGAUAUAAAAAGGACUAAGGAAAAAUUCCGAACUUUUAUAUAAUUUUGCAAACAUUAAAUAAGAAAUAAAUUAUUAUAUUUUAUUUUAUUAAUGCAGUAGAACCUCUAACAAAGAAUAAUGACAUAUUUGAAUUUUAAAGUAAAAUUUAGAUCAUCAUAGAUAUGUGAAUAUGUAAUUUUUCUUGUUAAAAUUCCUUAAUAUGUUUUGUCUCAACCGUAUGGUUUUUUUCAGAUACUUUUUAUGUGUCAAUGUAUUAAAGGCAUCUAAAAGAAUAUGCUUAAAAAAAAAAAAAAAAAAAAUUAUCGGCCUAUUGUCAAUAAUAGAGCAAUUAAAUCAAUUAUUAAAUCGAAGUUCUACUGCAUCGAGUAAAAGCGUGUGCGUAAUAUACAGAAUUCAUAACUGCUUGACAGGAACUGAACAAAUCCGUCAAAAUAAUAAGUCCGUUCUUUCCAGUAAUAAUCUCUUUGAAUGUGUGUUUACUUGCUCAAAAUCUUCACAUACCAAAGUUAAAACUCAAUUUUUUGCUCAAUCAUUUAUUAUGUUUCUCUUUUAAUAUUUAGUUUAGUUUAUCUUUCCUAAAUAACAACCGCUACCUUUUCAUUUUGGUUGUCACCUAAUCCAUUUUUUAUAUACAGGGUAGGCCCAAACGUUCCGAUUAGACUUUGAGAUUUUAUAGGAAAUUUAAUUCCGGACAAAAAGCAUUUUUCGCCCCAUGUUUAUUGGAAACUUUUUGUUCAGAAUUAAAUAUCUUAUAAAAUCUCAAAGUUUAAUCGAAACUUAGACUCACCCUAUAUAAAUUAACAUCCUUGCAACAAUAUCUUCAAAUGAGAGUUUAUUUUACCAGGCCUAAAAAAACUCUUGUGUGUACGCUAUCGAUCAUCUCUCGUGUAUAAUGAUAGCAACGCAAUGUGCGAUUAGUAAGCGAUUCAAGGUGCAUAAUGCGAAGCAGCGAACGAGAAUAAUUUUGCAACUCAACUACUCGAAUAAUUGUUUAUUCUUCAAUGCCAGUUUUAUUCGUCCACAGAGAAGCAGGGUACUGCGAAUUUAUUAUUUUAACUUCCUCACACAUUCGUCCAAGCAUUUUUCUACGAAGCAAAUAUCAUUUCUAUCUUCUAUACUCUUGUAAUUUGUAUUGAUAUUUAUAUCAAUUGAUAUCAAUUUGCUAAAGACAAAUUAAAUAACAUUACGCGAUUUCGAUACUACACGUUUAACUUGAGCUGAUUAUGAGCAAUAAUCGCACGUAUUUUAUUGUAAUAAAAUUUUUGCAGUUUGAAAAUUAUUGUACAAGUUAACAUGGCCAUAUAAUACAAACGGCCAUUCUCUCUCUCUCAAUAUAACAUGUUUUUAUUGUGUGCGCAAUAUUCACAAUUGAUAUUGAUUGCAAUGGUACGUGCAACUAUUGUUCAACAGAUAUAGUCGAACAGCAUUUUUUCAUUCCUGUUUUAUCCGAUUACUUUAUUUCUGAUUUUUUUUUUUUUUUUAAUUUUUCCACUUCCUAUAUUCUAUAUCUCUAGCUCUAAGAUCAUAUUUCGAAUUUCCAGUAGUAGUGUUCCCAAAAUUUCCAGGGAAAACAAAUUUUCAGAUUUCACAAUUAUAUCCGUACAGCAUUGUCGCUGUGCUGUACAGGUGUCCACGAUUUUUACUUAUCGUUUUCUAAUUAGUAAUUUACGAACAAAUAUUGUCUUGGGUAACACGAUUAUAUAUAUAUAUUAUUCAUAGAUUAUCUACGAUUGUCGCUUGUAGAAAAAUUAAAGCAAAGCUUUGACAGAAAAGAUAUCGUCGAAAAUGACCUAUCAUCGAGUAACGUUAUCUAAUUUAUGUCGGAGUGAAUAUUGUGGAUAAAGAAUACUUAUCGAAUUAUAAUAUAGAAUGCGAAACGUUGCGACGAAUAAUAGUCAUUCUUGUCGAUACGUUACUUUAUCACGUAUAAAUAGUUUAGCGGUGCACAAGACAAGUUGUGGUAAAAUAUAUUGUAAGAAUGUAAUAAAACUGACUGUACUGCUCAUACGAGCGGUGCAUUACAUGUAAUCCAUUUGUUUAAAAUACAUACCUUGCUAAAUGUA